AAAAAAAAAAAAAAGACAAAAGAAGGCAGGUGCGUUUCCCUCCGAGCUCGCCGGGAAAAGGGUUGUUUCGCCAGCGGCUCCGUCUCCCCGCCCCGCCGGUUGCGAUGCUGCCCGCCGCCGCGCUGCCCUGGACGUUGCUGCUGCUCCGAGCCGCAGCGUCUCUACAGGUGGACAUUGUCCCAAGCCAGGGGGAGAUCAGCGUUGGAGAAUCUAAGUUCUUCUUAUGCCAAGUGGCAGGGGAGGCCAAAUACAAAGACAUUUCCUGGUUUUCCCCCAAUGGUGAGAAGCUGACCCCAAACCAGCAGCGCAUCUCGGUGGUGCGGAACGAUGACUUCUCCUCCACCCUCACCAUCUACAACGCCAACAUUGAUGAUGCUGGCAUCUACAAGUGUGUUGUCAGCAGUGUGGAGGAGGGAGACUCCGAGGCCACCGUCAACGUCAAAAUUUUCCAAAAGCUGAUGUUCAAGAAUGCCCCCACUCCUCAGGAAUUCAAGGAAGGUGACGAUGCUGUGAUUGUGUGUGAUGUGGUCAGCUCACUGCCUCCCACCAUCAUCUGGAAGCACAAAGGCAGGGAUGUUAUCCUAAAAAAAGAUGUUCGGUUUAUAGUCCUGUCCAACAACUACCUGCAGAUCAGGGGGAUCAAGAAGACAGAUGAAGGGACCUAUCGCUGCGAGGGCCGGAUCCUGGCCCGGGGGGAGAUCAACUUCAAAGACAUCCAGGUCAUCGUAAAUGUACCUCCUUCUGUGCGUGCCAGGCAGAGCUCUAUGAAUGCCACUGCCAACCUCAGCCAGUCUGUCACCUUGGCGUGUGAUGCUGAUGGCUUUCCUGAGCCAACCAUGACGUGGACAAAGGAUGGGGAGCCAAUAGAGCAGGCUGAUGAUGAAGAGAAAUACAGUUUUAACUACGAUGGAUCUGAGCUCAUCAUCAAGAAGGUGGACAAGAAUGACGAGGCAGAGUACGUCUGCAUCGCUGAGAACAAGGCUGGCGAGCAGGAUGCCACCAUUCAUCUCAAAGUCUUUGCAAAACCCAAAAUCACCUAUGUGGAGAAUAAAACAGCCAUGGAGCUGGAGGAUCAGAUAACACUGACCUGUGAGGCAUCUGGAGACCCAAUCCCUUCCAUCACUUGGAGAACUUCCACCCGUAACAUCAGCAAUGAAGAGAAGGCUUCCUGGACCCGGCCCGAGAAACAAGAGACCCUGGACGGGCGCAUCAUCGUCCGUAGCCACGCCCGGGUGUCGUCCCUGACCCUCAAGGACAUUCAGUACACAGAUGCUGGGGAGUACGUGUGCACAGCCAGCAACACCAUCGGGCAGGACUCCCAGGCCAUGUACCUGGAAGUGCAGUAUGCCCCCAAGCUUCAGGGCCCUGUGGCUGUCUAUACCUGGGAAGGGAAUCAAGUGAACAUCACCUGUGAGGUGUUUGCUUACCCCAGUGCUGUCAUCUCCUGGUUCCGGGAUGGACAGCUGCUUCCCAGCUCCAACUACAGCAACAUCAAGAUCUACAACACUCCCUCAGCAAGCUACUUGGAGGUGACACCAGACUCUGAAAAUGACUUUGGGAACUACAACUGCACUGCUGUGAACCGCAUUGGCCAGGAGUCCUCAGAGUUCAUCCUUGUGCAGGCAGAUACUCCCUCAGCUCCUGCCAUCGACAGGGUGGAGCCCUACUCCAGUACUGCCCAGGUGGAGUUCGAUGAGCCUGAGGCCACGGGAGGGGUGCCCAUCCUCAAGUACAAAGCAGAGUGGAGGGCAGUGGGGGAGGCAGAAUGGCAUUCCAGGCUGUAUGAUGCAAAAGAAGCAAACCUGGAGGGCACGAUCACCAUCACUGGCCUGAGACCUGAAACCACCUACUCUGUAAGACUGUCUGCAGUCAAUGGCAAGGGCGUGGGGGAGAUCAGCCUGCCAGCAGACUUCAAGACACAACCAGUCCCCAUCCCUCAGUCACCCAGUGCUGCUGCACCCACCUCCUGUUUAGCAGAGACAACUCAGCCUCUCGCUGAAUCUGAAAGCUCAGAGCCACCAAAGGGGGAACCCAGCGCACCCAAACUGGAAGGUCAGAUAGGAGAAGAUGGAAACUCCAUUAAAGUGAAUGUUAUCAAGCAGGAUGAUGGUGGCUCCCCAAUUAGACACUAUCUGAUCAAAUACAAAGCUAAACAUUCCCCAGAAUGGAAACCAGAGAUCAGGCUCCCGUCGGGCAGCGACCACGUCAUGCUGAAGGCCCUGGAGUGGAAUGCAGAGUAUGAGGUGUAUGUGAUUGCUGAGAACCAGCAGGGCAAGUCCAAGCCUGCCCACUACGCCUUCCGGACCUCCCCGCAGCCCACGGUCAUCCCAGCCAGCACUAGCCCUACAUCAGGCCUGGGGACUGCAGCCAUCGUGGGCAUUCUCAUUGUGGUCUUUGUGCUGCUGCUGGUGGCUGUGGAUGUCACCUGCUACUUCCUGAACAAGUGUGGCCUCCUGAUGUGCAUUGCUGUCAACUUGUGUGGCAAAUCCGGCCCAGGAGCCAAGGGCAAGGACAUGGAGGAGGGCAAAGCAGCCUUCUCGAAAGAUGAGUCCAAGGAGCCUAUUGUGGAGGUGCGGACUGAAGAGGAGAGGACCCCCAACCACGAUGGGGGGAAGCACACAGAGCCCAACGAGACCACCCCGCUGACCGAGCCAGAGCACCCCGCCGACACCGCAGCUACCGUUGAGGACAUGCUGCCUUCUGUCACCACAGGCACCACUAACUCUGACACUAUCACUGAAACCUUUGCCACUGCUCAGAACAGCCCCACCAGCGAGACCACCACGCUGACCUCCAGUGCUGCCCUGCCAGCCACAGCCAUUCCUGACUCAAACUCCAUGUCUCCUGGCCAGGCUUCUCCAGCCAAAGGGGCAGCUGCCUCAGCCUCUUCACCACCAUCCUCCUCCUCCCCAAAAGUGGCCCCCCUUGUUGAUCUCAGUGAUACCCCAAACUCUGCUCCAGCUACUAACUUGUCUUCGAGUGUCCUGUCCAACCAAGGUGCAGUGCUCAGCCCCAGUGCUGUUGCUAACGUGGCCGAGACCUCCAAAGUGGCAGCUGGUAACAAAGCAGCUGCCCCAAGCCCUGCAAACCUCACUAGCCCUCCAGCUCCAUCAGAGCCCAAGCAGGAGGUCUCAAGCACCAAGAGCCCUGAGAAGGAAGCUGUGCAGCCCAGUACAGUGAAGAGCCCAGCAGAGACAACCAAGAACCCAAGCAAUCUGAAGAGCGAGGCUGCUUCAAGCAGCACCACAAACCCUUCCCAGAAUGAGGACUUUAAAAUGGACGAAGGGACUUUCAAGACACCAGACAUUGAUCUUGCAAAGGAUGUUUUUGCAGCUCUUGGCACUUCUACUCCUGCCAGUGUGACUAGUGGGCAAGCUGCUGAGCUUGCCUCUUCCACUGCAGACAGCUCUGUACCUGCUGCACCUGCCAAGACCGAGAAAAUCCCAGUAGAAGACAAAUCUGAAGUGCAAGCAACGGAAACGAAGACACCUCCAGCAGAAGUCAAGACGGUCCCCAAUGAAGCCACACAAACAAAUGAGAAUGAGAGCAAAGCAUGAUCAGCCACAGAUGGAAACAAAUGACAGAACAACUUCACCGAAGCAUUUGAAACACAAACCACAUCUCAUUCCUCUAGUGUCUGUUGCCUUUUUUUA